GACAGCUUCCCCAAAAUAAACAUGACUCCACGAGAUCACAUGAGAAAAAUGUCUAUCCUGGGGGAACAAGGAACACUAGAAGAAAAGCACUUGUACCGCUUAGCAAGCGGCAUGGCAGCAGGAGAACUGCGGCAGCGGCAAGAGAUGCUAAUGAGAAAUCAGCUGAUGGCAGUGAACCCUCAGCUAAUGAGUGCGGGCCAGCAGCGAAUGCAGGCGAUUCCCUCCCAGUUUGAGCCUCGACUGGUAGACAGAGAUCUGUUACCUUCAGCUGAGAUGAUGGCAUCAGCUGACCCGAGACAAAUCCAUAUCGCGUCCCACCUGGGACCCGCCGUCCCGCAGCACCCAAACAUGCAGAACAUAUUGUCCAACCGUGUGUACCCAGGCCCAGGAUACAGCUUUCUGCAGCCAGAAUCCAUGGAAGCUGUGGCCAGAAGACAGGAACUGGUUCAAAAGCAAAAUAUUGCCAGAAUGGAAAUGGAGAUGAGCGCUAUUUUUCAGCAAAAAGAAAUGGAGAAGGCUCAUCGAAAAGGGCUGCUGGGCCUGGAAGCACCUUUCCUUUACCACGGGAUGCCAGGUAGUCCCAUGGCUUUCCGUGGCAGGCACAGACUACCUGAAGGCCAUCUUCCCAACGACUUAUAUGUUCACCGAACCACCCUCGAUGAAAUUCAUGGCAACACUAUGCUCAUGGCAACCAGCCCAUACCCUCCAGUCAGCACUUUGCAGAGGGAGAGGGGACGUCGACCAGGGAGAAGAGCUGGAAAUCACAAAACUGCAGACUGUGGUGCCAAUGGCAUGAAGAACCAAGCCGAUGACAAAACUACGGACCCUGCUUCAGCUGCAGCGGAUGAUGAGAAAGAAGACAAGAAAGAAGCAGAGGUGGAGCCACCAAACAAACAUGAACAAAGCAAAAACCAGACCGAGCCACCUGCAGUUGCCAAAAACUGUAAAGAAUUUGAACAAGGUUUGAGAAAAAACUGUGCUACUCACGAAAUUUCUGCUGAAACCAACAGCUGCAGCAACACAAAUGAGAAGGAAUCGAAUAGCUCCUGUGCUGCUUUUGAUGACAAGUACAUGUACCCUUCUGCAAUCCCAUUCUCAGCGUUACCAUACGGAUUUCCAGUACCCAGCAACCCAUUGCUACCUUCAGGAGCCCAUGGCCUGAUCCUGAAUGGAGAAGACAUGUCUUCCAUUGAAGACAUUCGCAAGUGGACUGUUGAUGACGUAUACAACUUCAUCAUCAGCCUCCCAGGCUGUUCAGAUUAUGCCCAGAUAUUUAAAGACCACGCUAUUGAUGGAGAAACCCUCCCACUGCUAACUGAGGAACAUCUCCUGGAUACAAUGGGAUUAAAACUCGGACCAGCAUUAAAAAUCCGCUCUCAGGUGUCCCGACGUCUGGGCAAUGUGUUCUACAUGAUGAACCUUCCUCUCUCCGUGCCUCUGCCACCUGCUCCAGGGAAGCCCUCAGAUCAGCCCUCUGACAUAGCCUCCCCUCUUCACUGCAACAGCAGCGGCGACACGCUGGAUAGUCCCUGCUCUCAGGACCCAGAAACUUCCAAAGCAGUGGAACAGAUCGUUUCAGAAAGCAGGGAAAAUCCAUGUGACACAGCUGGAUCUCAGGCUGACUUCCAGAUGAUCACUUUUCAGAAAACCUGA